AUGUUACAGAGAAUCACUGCAUUGAGCUUAAGCUCUGGUGGUUUAAAUUGGUUCGUUUCCUCUUUGAAACUCCAUGGAACCAAACUCAAAACAUUAAAGCAAUCUCAUUGUUUGAUGCUCGUAACCGGUUUAAACAGAGACAACCUCAUCGUUGCCAAAUUCAUAGAAGCAUGUUCCAAUGCUGGACAUGUCCGAUAUGCUUACUCUGUAUUUACCCACCAGCCAUUCCCUAAUACUUAUCUCCACAACACCAUGAUUAGAGCUUUAUCUCUCGUCGACGAACCCAAUGCGAACUCAUUUGCGGUCUCGGUUUACAGAAAGUUCUGGGCUUUGUGUUGUAAGCCUGACACGUUUACUUUCCCGUUUGUGUUGAAGAUUGCUGUUAGGGUUUCUGAUGUUUGCUUUGGGAGACAGAUUCAUGGGCAAACUGUGGUUUUUGGGUUGGAUUCUAGUGUUCAUGUUGUUACAGGGAUAAUUCAGAUGUAUUCUUCGUGUGGGGGUUUGGGAGAUGCACGUAAGGUGUUCGAUGAAACGCGUGUGAGGGAUGUGAAUGUUUGGAAUGCGUUAUUAGCAGGGUAUGGGAAAGUUGGUGAGAUGGAUGAAGCAAGGGUUUUGCUCGAUAUGAUGCCUUGUUGGAUAAGAAAUGUGGUUUCUUGGACUUGUGUGAUCUCUGGAUAUGCUAAGAGUAGACGACCUAGUGAAGCCAUUGAAGUGUUUCAGAGAAUGCUGAUGGAGAAUGUUGAGCCUGAUGAAGUUACGCUUUUGGCUGCCCUUUCAGCUUGUGCUGAUCUUGUUUCACUUGAAUUGGGUGAAAGAAUAUGUAGCUAUGUUGAUCACCGAGGGAUGGAAAGAGCGGUUUCACUGAACAACGCAGUCAUUGAUAUGUAUGCGAAAUCAGGGAAUAUAACAAAGGCGUUGGAGGUAUUUGAGAGAGUGAAUGAGAGAAAUGUAGUAACUUGGACGACUAUAAUUACUGGGCUAGCUACGCACGGGCACGGAACUGAAGCCUUAGCGAUGUUUAACCGUAUGGUUAAAGCUGGCGUGAAACCGAACGAUGUUACUUUCAUUGCAAUUCUAUCAGCUUGCAGCCAUGUCGGUUGGGUCUACCUCGGAAAACGUUUGUUCAGCUCAAUGAUAUCGAAGUAUGGAAUGCAACCAAACAUAGAGCAUUACGGCUGCAUGAUUGACUUACUAGGACGAGCAGGUUUACUCCGAGAAGCAGAAGAAGCUAUAAAAAGCAUGCCAUUCGAGGCUAAUGCUGCAAUAUGGGGAUCUCUUCUUGCUGCUUCAAAUGUUCAUCAUGAUCUUGAGCUUGGAGAAAGAGCUUUGAAUCAGCUGAUUAAGUUAGAACCAAAUAACAGCGGCAACUACAUGCUUUUAGCCAAUCUAUACUCGAAUUUAGGAAGGUGGGACGAGUCGAGGAUGAUGAGAAAGAUGAUGAAAGGGAUCGGUGUGAAGAAACCAGCUGGUGAAAGCACCAUAGAAGUUGGAAACAGAGUGUAUAAAUUCAUUUCAGGGGAUCUUUCGCAUCCUGGAGCCGAAAAGAUUCAUGAAAUUUUACAAGAGAUAGAUUUACAAAUACAGAGCAACAAAGGUUGAGGACAAAAAGAUUUGAACUUUGAUCAGAUUGAGUUGAUCAACAGUUAAUGUCUUCUCGUCUCUGAGACGUGAAGCCAGAGGAGCAUAGAGUCAACGCGGCUGGCUCAGGAGUCAAGACUCAAGACAAUGAGGAAAAGAGACGCUGAUGGUUAAUUCCGGUUCCCGGUUAAAGGGUAAAACAGGACGAGAAAUCUGCCGAAGGGUAGAGUAGAGAAAUAUGGGCCAAACCGACGCCUCUUAUGCCUCUGGAAGGUUUCAAGUUUAUGAUUGGGGCUUUGGCCCAUGUAAAAGCCUUAUUGUUUUAGUUUAAUAAAAUUAAGAUAUUUGUUUAUCUU